UUCCAGACCAGGCUGCUGGAACUAGAUAGGCAUGAAAUAACAACAGAAGAGGAUUUCAUCAUUACAGAGGGAGGUGACACCUGAAACACAGCAAAUCAGAUUUUUAAAUCCUCUGAAUGUCAUUUGUCAAUUAAGAAGGACAACUUGAACAUUGAGAGACUGAGUGGCAGUCAAAAAGGAACAUAAAUUCCAUCUUCUACAGAGGAGUGUCGUCUUUGAUAAAAAAUGAAGCUUUUCUCACUUUUUCUGACAGUCUUUACUCUCUUGUUACACAUAUGUUGGAGCGAAUACUCUCUACCGAAAUUUGUCUGCACUCCGAUGCCUCUGGAUAUGGACUGCCAAUCUAAUGUGCAGCGUCAUAGUUCUGGUGGAGGGGGGCAUUGGGUAGGCAUGCAGGAAGAAGCAAAAGAAACUAUUCUUCACCUUCGUGAAACAGUGGUUCACCAAAAAGAGACUAUCUUAGAUCAAAGGGAGACUAUUAGGGAGUUGACUGUAAAAUUGAGCCGUUGUGAGGGGUACCCUCAUAGCAGAGUACAUGAAGAGGGUCCUGGUCAUUCUGCGGAACAUGGACAAGAAAGGGAACAUGGGCAUGAAGAAGGCUUAGGACAUGAAAGUAGCCUUGUACAUGAAAGUGGACAUGGACAUGAACGAGAGCAUGGGCACAAAAGAGAACAUGGCCAUGAAUGGGAAGAAGGACAAGAACGAGAACAUGGCCACGAAUUGGAACACCAUGAGAGAGAACAUGGACACAAGAGAGAGCAUGGUCAUGAAUGGGAAGAAAGGCAUGAAAGAGACUAUGGACAUGAAAGAGAUCAUGGAUAUGAGCGAGAACAUGGUCAUGAGAGAGAGCAUCCUCAUGGGCAUGAAGAUAUUCAUGGACAUAACAGAGACCACGAAUAUCAUCAUCUUACCCACCGGGAGUAUCGGGAACAACCAUCGCAUGACUCCUAUCGCAAGCCAAGUGCCCCACCAAACACAAUGGAAGACCCACCAGAGGUGACACCACCUGGAAUUCCCCAAAUGGAAAGAAUGCUGGAGUCACUAAAAGACAGAUUGGAGCACUUACAGGGAAGUAGAAACUCUUCUUUGUUUUCAACUUCACUGAGAGAUACCUUACAAAAGAAGAUCAGUAUCCUAGAACAUCAGAUAUUUGAGAAACACAAUAGCUCAGAGCACCAAAAUAAAGAGCAUGACCAAACACAUGAAGACUUAGCACGGCACAAGAUGGAUGCAGCUAUAAACAGCAAAGAAAAAGGACAUAAAUCAGACAAGAAAUCCAAUGAAUUUAGAGUCAGCUUCCCUCUCAGAACAAAUUACAUGUAUGCCAAGGUCAAAAGGACUCUUCAUCAUGAGAUUUUUGCAUUCACCAUCUGCUUGUGGCUAAAGUCAAAUUCAUCACCUGGUGUGGGCACACCCUUCUCAUACUCCGUUCCCGGCCAAGCCAAUGAGGUGGUGCUUAUUGAAUGGGGUAACAACCCAAUGGAAUUGCUUAUUAAUGACAAGGCUGCUACACUACCACUGGCCAUCAAUGAUGCAAAGUGGCAUCAUGUAUGUGUAACUUGGUCAACCAGAGAUGGUGUAUGGGAGUCUUACCUGGAUGGUGUGAGGCGAGGAAAUGGAGAAAACCUGGCAGCUUGGCAUCCAAUAAAACCUGGUGGAGUUUUUGUCUUGGGACAGGAACAGGACACAUUGGGAGGAAGGUUUGAUGCCACACAAGCCUUUGUGGGUGAAAUUUCUGACUUUAAUAUGUGGAGCCACAUCCUAACUCCAGGUGAGAUCUACAAGUUGGCCACAUGUGCAGCUCACUCCACCGGCGACGUCAUAGAGUGGACGGAGUCUUCAAUGGAGCUCCACGGGGGUGUAACCAAACUCCCAUUUAAUUCUUGCCAUUGACAUGAGGGGUCCCUCCACAUGCAGCAUGCUCUGAUAGGGGGCCCAGACAUGGAAUGGGCUCCCACCACCCCAAAGACUAUUGCUUUAAAUGGAGUAGAAACCAUUGUAUGUCCUAUUUUUCCUAUUAUAUCACUGUUUUUAUUGUUUUUGUGAUUCAGCCUACAAAUGUUUUGUAAUAGUGUGUAAGGGUUUCACAGAGAUGAAGGUUUUUUUUAAUAAGGUAAGGCAAUACAAAGUGCAAUAACCCAAAUAAACUAAUUAGGAUUUCAGUGUGAUUAAAUUAGAUCAAUAAAAGAGUAAUUUUGAUUAGUUGUUAUUGGAUGCGGCACUUUGAAAAUUGCUAUUUGCUUAUUAAAUAAGCCCAAUACAGUGUAAUAUUUUGUAGAUUAAAGGCAGAAGCUGGUAUAGAAGUGUUGUCAUUCACCAGUGUGGAUCUGCUUUUCCAAAUCAAUGGAUGUUUAGGGAAAAAGAAUAAGCAUCCAGAUUUAUUCCUUCAAGGAACAAGCCUGUUGUAAAGCUCUCGGGUGUUACCAGACAAGUUAUGGAUUUCACCUGAAAAGUCCUCUGUUGGUGAAAUCUAUGGGCCAGAUUCAGAAAGAAUCACGUAAGUUUGGGCGGGCGUAGCGUAUCUCAUAUACACUACGCCGCC